AUGCCAUCUCGCAAGUGGCACUCUAAGGGACGACAUGGCUGUGAACAGUGCAAGCAGCGCCGCGUCAAGUGUGACGUUCGGUAUUAUGUCUGCUCAAACUGUGAGAGACGCAAGGAAAAGUGUGACUUUGAGCUCUUGCGUCCUAGUCUACCAGUUACGGAUGUAGUCGACAUGCCUAUCCACGUCGGCCAACUACUCUCCAUCGACCCAGGCAACCCAGUGGUAGAAAUGUGGAAGCCGAUCACAAACAAUCUUAUCCACACACACGUCUUCCUCCAACAUGGUUACGAAGCUUUAACAGUGCUUCAUACACGGAGGACGUUGCAUAUGACGUCUUUGGGAGAUUAUCUCGAAGCAUACCAAAAACACAUCUCAGCCCUGCAAGAUUUCCGCAAGAUAUCCACCCGGUCAGAUUGGGUGGCCUCUGUGCUUUUUGCGAUGAUAGUAUCUGUUUUCGAAAUGGGUGUAGCAGGCAUUCAGCCCGGAGAAGACUACAUAUCCAACACCAUCGUUGCUUUACGAAAUGGUGCACAGCUAACGCGCGCUAUUGCACCAAACUUCGUCAAUGACCGACAAAAAGAUGAGAUGAUCAGACAUAAACCAUCUUUUGACGACGCGGAAAGUCUUCUUCUGUUGAAGUAUAUAGAGAGCGAGUUUGAAGGUAUGGGUCGAGAUCUGGAUUCUACGGGUUGA